ACUCUUAAACCUCUUUUGAAUUUUCUGUUGAAAAAGACGAAGUGGCAAUGAAGCUAGAAUUCGUAAGCAAAGAAAUAAUCAAACCCACUUCACCUAAUCAUCCCCAAACCCUUUCUCUUUCUUUCUUCGACCAGUUUCUUCCUUCAACUUACGUUUCCGCCAUUUUCUUCUACGAUGAACAAGCAAACCAAGAAGACAUAAUCGUCCAGAGGCUCAAGAGCUCACUCUCUCAGACUCUGUCUCUUUUUUAUCCACUCGCUGGACAAAUCAAAGAUGGUGUCACUGUUCAUUGCCACGACCAAGGAGCUUUGUUUACAGAGGCACGGGCUGAUAUAUUUCUCUCUGAUUUCCUGAGAAAUCCAUCAGAUGCUGAUUUGGUUCACGAGUUCAUUGUCUCUCCGGACCAUGCAGAUCCAGAAACCUGGCCGUUGUUGCAUGUCAAGGUCAUUUUCUUUAAAGACAGAGGAUUUGCGGUUGCAGUUAGCGUGUCUCACAAGAUAUGCGAUGCGGCCUCGUUGUCAACGUUUGUUUGCAGCUGGACAAACGCUUCAAAAGGGUACGCUGACACAGUGAAUCCUGAAUUUCCGGGGCCCGAUUUCUACCCUCCUGCUGAUAUUUCUCUCGAGUUUCCUCCAUUACUGGUACGCAAAACAAAAUGUAAGACAAAAAGGUUUGUCUUUGGUUCUUUGGUGAUUGAAAAGCUUAAAAACAGAGCUUCUAGUGGCAAUCUUGUGCCACAAGUCACCCGUAUUGAGUCCAUCACGGCGCUGCUGUUAAGAUGCAUGACAAAGGCAGGGCAUUCAAAGGCGGGUAAGGUAACAGAAUUUGCAAUAACACAGACCAUGAACUUGCGAACUAGAGUAUCUUCCUCUUUCUUGCCGCACAAGGCAAUUGGAAACUUCUUCUUUUUACCAUUACUUAAGGAAAGCUCAGAGAGUAAGAUGGAAAUCGAAGAAACUGUUUCUAAGCUGCAGAAAACUAAAGAGGAGCUCAAUCAGCUUAUCAGAAACGAUCCUGACGACGCAAAGAGUAGCGUUGAAGCCAAAGAGAGAAUCGCAAGCGCGAUGCUGAGUUCUUUGCACGAGGUAAGUCCUGAGACCGAGACAUAUGCUGUGUCUAGUUGGUGCAGGAUGUCGUUCUACGAGGCGGAUUUUGGAUGGGGAAAGCCGGUUUGGGUUGCCCCAGGUUCGGUUGAUAAGACGCAGGUCGUGUUAAUGGAUGCAAAGGACAGGGAAGGGGUUGAGGCAUGGGUUACACUACCUGAAACCGACAUGGUUGAGUUUGAGCGUGAUGAUGAGCUGCUCGUUUACGCUACUCUAAGUCCUAGUGUCCUCAUCUAGUAAUACCUAUGUUUAUCAAACAAGUCUAUUCAGACCGGCUCAAAGAUGGACUUGUUCUAUAGAAUAAAACUGGCCUUUAUUA